AUGAUAAAUUAAAUAGAAGUAAAAUUUAAUAUAGUGAUUUUAUUGCUUAUGAAAAUUUAUUUUUUUUGUUUAUUAAGUCCUGCAAUUUAUUUUAUUAUUGUCUAUUCAGGCUUAAAUAUUGAAACAAUAGAAAUUUUUAUUUCCUAUGAGACUUAUUAGAUUAGAUUGCUUAUGGGGAAGUUUUUUCCAUAGAAUCCCAUGAAUUAGCCUUAGUAUGGCUUUGAGUAGUCAUCUUCAUAGAAGUAUGGCUCUUCUCCUUAUCUAUGUUCUAAUGAUUCAUUGAAGUCGCUGUUGAGUAGGGCUUGGGGUUCUUAAGCAUACUCAUCAAAUAAAUCAUCUUCUGAGAAGUAAGGAUUGAUAUUUUCUGAACAAUUAUAAUAAUUAUAAUUAUUAUUGAAAUUAAUAUUGGAAUUAUUAUAUUAUAUUUCAUUAUUGUUUUAAUUAAUUAAGCCUUAAUAAUUGUUAUUGUUAUAAUUAUUAUUAAUGCUGUUGUUGGCAUUAUUCAUAUUGCUAUUCAUGUUAUUAUUGUUAUUGUUAACAUAAUAGAACAUUUAAUUUUAGAAUUAUUAAUUAGGGUUUGGUUCAUAUUUUUAUUAUUAAAUUGGUUAUUUUUAUUAUUUUACUGGAUUGAAAGCAGCUUAUUGA